CGGCACGGGUUAUUUCCGCGCAUGCGUGCUCCUUCGGAGGAUGCUGAGCUGUCUCCUGUAAGAGACCGAGCAAGGGCGGCUAUCGCCCUUAUUUGAAACUCCAGCGGCGGCUUCCUCCGUCCCUUCCCGCUUUUGUUGAAAGGAGAGCCUCGGAACAAGGCGGCAGCGUUCUGAAACAAGGAGGGCCCCAGUGACAGGAUUCUAACUAUGUCUGAUAAAAGUGAACUGAAGGCAGAGUUAGAACGUAAGAAACAACGCUUGGCUCAAAUAAGAGAGGAGAAAAAAAGAAAAGAAGAAGAAAGAAAGAAAAAGGAAACUGAUCAGAAGAAAGAUGCCCUUCCUGCACAAGAUGAGUCUGACCUUGAAAAAAAGAGACGGGAAGCAGAAGCUUUGCUUCAGAGCAUGGGUUUAACACCUGAUACUCCCAUGGUCCCUCCUCCUAUGUCUCCAUCUUCGAAAUCUGUGAGCACACCAAGUGAGGCCGGAAGCCAGGAUUCUGGUGAUGGUGCUGUUGGUUCAAGACGUGGACCUAUUAAACUUGCAAUGUCCAAAAUUACCCAAGUUGACUUUCCUCCUCGAGAAAUGGUUACAUAUACAAAGGAGACCCAAACUCCAGUUAUGACUCAACCUAAAGAAGAUGAGGAAGAUGAAGAUGAUGUAGUUAUACAAAAACCACCAGUUGAACCUGAGGAAGAAAGCAUUUUGAAAGAGGAGGAAGAGGAGGAAGUUGCCCCUCAUGAACUAACAGAAGAAGAAAAGCAACAGAUUUUGCAUUCUGAAGAGUUUUUGAGCUUCUUUGAUCACUCUACAAGAAUUGUAGAAAGAGCUCUUUCUGAGCAAAUUAAUAUUUUCUUUGACUACAGUGGCCGGGACUUAGAAGACAAAGAAGGAGAAAUUCAGGCAGGAGCAAAACUGUCCUUAAAUAGACAGUUUUUUGAUGAACGUUGGUCAAAGCAUCGUGUUGUUAGUUGCUUGGAUUGGUCAUCUCAGUACCCAGAGUUGUUAGUAGCAUCUUAUAACAACAAUGAAGAUGCUCCUCAUGAGCCUGAUGGAGUGGCCCUUGUCUGGAAUAUGAAAUAUAAGAAAACAACUCCAGAAUACGUCUUUCACUGCCAGUCAGCUGUCAUGUCUGCUACAUUUGCAAAAUUUCAUCCAAAUUUGGUGGUUGGUGGCACAUACUCUGGACAAAUUGUGCUCUGGGAUAACCGUAGCAAUAAGCGAACACCAGUUCAGAGAACUCCUCUUUCAGCUGCUGCUCAUACGCAUCCUGUAUAUUGUGUAAAUGUUGUGGGGACACAGAAUGCCCAUAACCUUAUCAGCAUUUCUACUGAUGGGAAGAUUUGCUCAUGGAGCCUGGAUAUGCUGUCACAGCCACAGGAUAGCAUGGAGUUAGUUCAUAAGCAAUCCAAAGCUGUUGCUGUCACUUCUAUGUCCUUCCCUGUUGGAGAUGUCAACAACUUUGUCGUUGGAAGUGAAGAGGGCUCUGUCUACACAGCAUGUCGCCAUGGCAGCAAAGCUGGAAUCAGUGAGAUGUUUGAAGGCCACCAAGGGCCCAUUACAGGUAUCCAUUGCCAUGCAGCAGUUGGACCUGUUGACUUUUCACAUCUCUUUGUAACUUCUUCUUUUGACUGGACUGUAAAGCUUUGGACAACUAAGAACAACAAGCCUCUAUAUUCAUUUGAAGACAACUCAGAUUAUGUUUAUGAUGUGAUGUGGUCACCCACUCACCCUGCCCUCUUUGCUUGCGUAGAUGGAAUGGGAAGACUUGAUCUGUGGAAUCUCAAUAAUGAUACUGAGGUGCCAACAGCAAGUAUUACCGUGGAUGGAAAUCCAGCCCUUAAUCAUGUAAGAUGGACAAAUUCUGGACGUGAGAUUGCUGUGGGAGAUUCGGAAGGACAGAUAGUAAUUUAUGAUGUGGGAGAGCAAAUUGCUGUUCCCCGAAGUGAUGAGUGGACCCGUUUUGGUCGGACAUUAGCUGAAAUUAAUGCAAACAGAGCUGAUGCAGAAGAGGAAGCAGCAACUCGAAUUCCUUCUUAAAAUUUCACAAUGGAUUCUAGUCGUGAAUUUGGGCAAGAGCUAAGAGCUUCAGUGUAAUAGCAUGUUCUAGCCUGCAGAAGCAACUGGAAAGUGAAAACGUGCAGUCAACUAUGGAUUUGACAAGUGCAUAAAGAUUACUGAAGCAGAUCUUGUGAAGUUGCUUUUUAAAAGCUAAAUCACAUAUUCUUAAUCUAAUCUGCAUAUAUUAAUAUUUAUCCUAACUUGGCAAGUUGUAUCUUCAGUUGAAACACUACUUACAUUGUAUAUUUAAAGUUACUUAGGCUGUCCAACUUUCAAUAGGAUUUAAGUAAGUUAUGUAAACCUAUCUUGGGGGAGGGGGGGGAUUAUGGAACUGCUUAAAGUUAGUUACACAUGUAUCUGUUCACAGCAACCUUUAUCCCAAUUGUUAUACAGUAGGCUCCCAUGGUGGUAGAUCAUGUAAAGGAAUAACAAAAAUCUAUUAAACUGUUUUUAAUUAAUGGAAAAUUUCUAAAAUCCCUUGGAUUUUUUGUUAAAUCUGUGUAGUUUGUAAGG